GUAUUUUCGCUUUGAAAAGAAAAAGAGUCGAUAUUUGAAAGGAUAUGACAGAUAAAUCCUCACGCGAAAGUUUCCAGCAAAUUGUAUUUCUCAUCGACUCUAAUCCUUCAUUUUGGGGAUCGAACAACUCCGCCGACCAUGCUGCGAAGGCCAUUCGAUUGUGCGUACUUCGAUUGCUAACGUACUUUAGUGAUUAUCGGGAAGAAAAGCGAUCUAAUCUACGAUGGGGAUACAAAAUAUUCAACUCGAGAUCACUUUCACAUCAGUUUGAACGACACGACUUCAAAGAAUUUUUAGUUAACGCGUUUGAGGAAUUUGAAGAUCAUGUGUCGAAGAGGUUGAACGAAUCCUUCGCACAACAAUGGCAAGAAAACGAACUUGAACCGAAGGAACAAGACGAUGCAGAAACUACAACCUUUUCGAAACCUGCGGGAGGAGCUAGAUGUAUUUCUUUUGUUUUUAAAAAUGCUGUUCACGAUUUUCAGUGGGAAAGGCCUGACAUUAGCUCCCCUGUUAGGAGAACUCGUGGAAAUAACAACACGCUCUUUUACCUUGACAACAGAACCGAUACACAUAAUGUUAUCUUUUUGUUGAGCGGUUGCCCUUAUGAUGAUGACUCAAUCUCGGAAUUCACUGGUGAAAAUUUGUCUUUCCUUGGAACUGUAGAGGGUUUCAAAAGUAUUUUGAUGCCCUCAGUGUUGUACAAGGAAUUCGAGGAAAGGCGCAUUUGUUUACAUUGGGUGAACAUAAGCAACUACCAGCAAGAAGAGAACACUAGUGUUAAAACAUCAGUAGAGGUAACAGUGGAACAGCUUGGAGGGUGCCUGAUACCUCUUUCAGCAGUCAUUUAUACAGGGAUCUCUGUUGGAUCUAACUUAAAACCUCGAUCUGGAAAAGAUGUUUCAGUUUUUGAGCAAGUCAAAUCAAUUAUGGGACACCUACUUCCUUUUAAAACUGUACUGGAUUCUUAUUUGUGCAAGAAGUCAACAAAGCCAUCAGUACUGGAGGAUUUUUCACAACAGUGGGCUAAAGGAAAAAUGGAUGGUACAGGAUUACUGUGUUCUUCAGGUCCUGAAGAUAAGGUGCAUUGUACUGUGAAACUUCACUCUAUGUUUCGGUCGGUGGAAGGACUUGAAGGCUUGAGAAAUUCUCAUGAUAACUCUUCAUUAACUGGUCAAGCUAUGGAUAUGGAGAGAAAACAGUCACCAUCAAAUAAUGACUCAAGCAACUUGAACCUUUUUUGGAUCAGAGGGGUAGUGAGCCACACUUGUGUCUCUCCAACAUGGCUUCACCCCACCAAAGGUUACUCUUGUAUUGGUUUGGACAACAGUACUGGAGAUGGUCCUAUAGACUCCUCUUUGUGCUCUCAGAAGCUUAUUUCUGGGUGGUACCAAGCACUUCUACUUUCUUUGGCAAAAGAGAACAAAUUACUGGUUAUUGAUUUUCUUGAUUGUGAUAGCGGGUUACCAGUCACUGGAGUCCUCCAACCUUUGACCUCUGUCUGUGGUGUGAUAAAUGUUAUUGCUUCAGAAUUUCUUGUAGCUUUUGAAAAGCUUCUUCUGUGGCUUGGCAAUUCUUCAAAUUUAGACAGAACAAAAUUGAUAACUGUGGAGGCUUGCCCAGAAUUGAUCAGUAACUAUAGAUCCCAAGAUGAUCCUAAAUCAACUGGAUCACUUUCUUACCCUGCAGUCUUUCUUGGGCUCACUGGAUCACAAGAUCUGGUCAGAAAUAAAGUUGAAGAAUUUGAUGCAAUAUCUUUUCAUCCUUGGGGUUCCUCUCCUGUCAAGGAAAACAUAAUUGGUUCAUUUUUGAAUGAACUAAAAAGGGAUAGUAAGUCUGAAGAGGAGAGAGAGGAUUAUGUUGAUGAUGAAGCUGCUCUAAUGAAAGAAUUGAAGGAUCUUUAUAAUAAGAAAGAAACACAUUCAGUAUCAGCAUCAUCCAGUGUAAGUCAGUUAUCAAAGAAGCUGAAGGAGUGUGCUGCAGAGAAAUCAGAGUUGGAGAGUACCUCAUUGAAGCAGAAAAGGAAUUUGAGAAAGGAAACAAAUGUGGAUAAUCAGAGGGGCAAGUUAGAUAUAAAUGAAAGUCAAUCUGCAGUUGAGAAUAAUAGUGCUGAUGUCCUUCCCACUGACAAUGAUAGCCAGGUGCCCAAUGAUAGCACUGGAAUACCACAAGUCUCAUGUAAUCUGAAAGAUGAAGCUGAGUUGAUAAUGACCAUUUGUGAUUUAACCAACAAAGUUAUUUUGGAGGGAGCAAAUAUUCUUCAUGAAAUCACAAACAUAGUGACCGUAGUUUCCCAAUUUUUUGUGAAUGAGGAUGAUAACAGACAGAAGGCACUUGUUUCACAGUUUUUAGAGGAGCAUGUACUCUUCACAGUAUCAGCUCUAAGGGAAAAAUAUGAAGGAUGUAGUGAUGUCAUUAGACAAGGGCAGCAACUCAGAGAGUACCAGUUCCAGAUCCUGCUUCGAUUGGAGAUUGCAGCUCUCAUAAAAGCUAAUGAAAAGAGCUCCCUUGUUGAAGAGGUCACUGUACUCCUCAGAGCCAUCUCAUUUAUGAAGGACCUGAAGUUCCUGACUAUUUUCCUUCGUGAGGUACUUCUUUUUAGGUUCAGACAGAAACUCGCCAAGUUCCUCUGUGCUGUUUACGAAGGUUUGAUGAUGCGCCCUCCCAGAGAAGUGUCUACGCCUUCUAAAUGGUCGAGUGAUGAUGAAUCGCCAAUCAGACGCCAAAUCAACUCUGUCUCUAGCGCUAAACAAGACUCUAAUCAACCCAGGAGCAGUGGAUGUCGUAUUAUCACCCGUCGUUCUAGCGUUUCAGAUGCUGGUGGUAAAAGGAGAGAGAUUGUUGUACCGGGAAAGGCAAAACCAAAGGAUAAAGAGAAAGAAAAGGCGCUGAAGGGGAAACCGCACGUGUCUCUUAGUUCAAGAGGAGGAAGCCAGAAGGAAAAGAAAAAAGGGAAGGUUCAGAAGACACCAGUAAAACAAGUUCGACGAAAUCUCUUCAUUGAAUCAAAAGAAAGUGAUGAGAAUAACUCAACCGCCAGAGCGCCAAGGAAAAGGAAGUUGUCACAAGGAGAGAAAAAGAAACACGCAAAGCGACGAUUUCACCGGAGGAAUACUGUGGGUUCUUUUUCAAGCUCCACGGUUCAGGAGACUCCUGCCCAUAAACAGGUCUCUAAUGCAUUAUGGUACAAACAGGAUCGAGCCAGAAAACGUUCUAGAGCUCAUACAGAGGUGCAUAUUUUAGAAGAGUCACCCCUUAAAGAGUUAAAAGCAGGAGAAGGUCUCCCUCGAAGAAGUCCACGAAAGCCUCCGCUGGCAACUUUCCAGCGGAGUCAGUCAUUCUAUGGGCGCUCUGCUAGUACAGGCCCUUUGACAAGGACUAGGUCCUUUAGUGGAGUGUACUCCCGUGACUCGCCACAGAAAGGACCUACAGAGGGAUUGGAUUCCAUUUCUACUCAGGGAGCCGUUGUGAAAAAGGCAACUCAGAAGUUGUCCUCUCCAGCUCUUUCGCCAUUGCGAUUUUCUCCACGGCAGAAAAAGAAGUUUUCGUUACACAGUUUACUGACCACAUCUAAAGAAUGUGAUCGAAAGAAGGAAAGUACCUUUAGUCACCAGAAUCCAUUAACACCCAAACAUAAAUUCACGUCUACAGCCACAAGGUCCUCACCAAGGCUCUUUAAAAAGCGCUCAUUUUCCUGUAUUGGAUUUUCGUCCGUUCCCUUUCCAGAAGCCCAUGAGGAACGAAAAGUCAUUCCCCUAAUUAAAAAGCCCAGCUUAUCUGAGAAAACACAACCGCCACAAAAGGACACUCCCUUGGACGCGAAUUCACAGGAGGAGUACAUGAAAACCCCGAGGAAAGAGAAAUCAGAUAACAUUUCGGAUGUCCGAGUUACAGCUCCAACAUCGCAUGGGUCCUCCCCAAGACUUAUCAAACAGCGCUUUAAUGCCAGAGUUGUACUUCUGUCUCCUGAGAAAACAAAGUCUAAGCCGCUUGGCAGGAGAUCCAGGUCAUUUGAUAGUAAAAACUGUACUUCUCCAAUAAGAAAUGGUAAUUGUUUGGAUGCUCUCUCGCAAAAACGCUCUAUGAAAACGCCCACGAAAGAAAAAUCUGAUAAUUGUUCAGACAACAUGGUGACUUCUCCCAAAUUUACUCUGGCGCAGCAUGUAAAGCAAACUCCAUCAAAGGAUUACUUUAUGGAUGAAUGCGUUAUUCGUCUUACACCAAUUCGUAAAUCUUUGAAGUCCCCCUUGCAUGUUUCUCCAGCGGUUCUCGCAGAACUUUCUCCGUUUUCUCCUCGCCAUCCACAUCGAAAUGGAAAAGAAUUCACCAAACUGGAGGACUCUGUUCAGGGUGUCGACGAAAAUGCAAAAACGCCUGCAAAGAACAACAUCGAACCCGCUAUCCGUAGCUGUCCGGGAUUGCUAUGCAAGCGUGACAGCAAUGAGACUUGUCAACAAACAUUAGAGCAAUCUUUAUGCAACCGAAAAGACUUAAAACCCACUGUUACGGUCUCUCCAAAGUCGACUCGAACUAAUUUGACGGAUCCUACCACCCCGGUAAGAGUUUGCCAUCUGGACGACUGUGUGGUGCUUCUCACCCCCAUGAGGACCCUUUCAAAAUCUCCAGUGCACUUGCCAUCAGAAGAAAAAAAGGUGGUGGCGAUUGGUUCGGACUCAGAAAGCGCCAAGGUGACUGUCGAUGCCAGAAUUAAGUCACUCCAGUCAUCGUCAAAAACCACCCCAAAGUCUGCUCGUGUUGAUACGAUUGAGCGCAGAUUGAGAGCAAAAUCUCCGAUACCUGAUAACAAAUCCACUGACAUUGAAAGCCGAGGAGCAGAAACGUUUAGCUAUGAUAAUGCGCUAAUGAAUGACAAUGAUCAUUGCCUCCAGAACUCAACUGCCACAGAGGGAGCAGAAAGUAUCGCAAGACAAGCCAAUUUUCAAGAAGAUGAAAUAUUUCUUCGCAUGACCGGUGCAUCUGUUGUAGGAGCGCAAUUGCCAUGGAAUCCAGCUCUACAGAGCUCGACUCCGCCUCCCAAAAGAGGAAAAAAGAAAUCGCACGGUGUGUCUAAUUCACCGGCUGAAACCAAGCGCUUGAGUCCCCUUAACCAGAUACUCCGACAGCAAAAACGAAAAAGGUGUUUCUCAGCCUCUCCAGCUGACAAACGUGCUAGGGAAGCUUGUGAAAUAGACGCACGUGACAGAUCGUCGUGUGCCCCAAGGACUCCUAUUAAGAACGGGAACAAGCACAUGUCGAUUUGUUGUGGAGUUUCUGUGAAACUCAGCUCGGCUAAUGAAUCUUGUUCUCUUGUUGAGGACAACUCUAGGUCGUCCGAGGAGGCAGAUGACUGGCUUAGUGAAAUGGAGAAAGAAUUUGACCGUAGUGUAGCGAAUUCAAAUGAGACUCAAAAGUCACCUGCGAACAAGAAGCGACGAAUACACAAGUCUGUUGUCUUUGGGGGAAGGCGCAACAGAAAAGGGAGUGGUAAAAAACCUAGGGGUAAAAACGUUGAUUCUUCUCGAAGCAGCGACACCAGCUACGAGCAAGAUGACGAAGUGUUUCAGAGUCCUGGAAUGUUAGCCUCUCGUCUGAUGCGUCGACAUGUGAACAAGACCCCUAUAUCAGCGAGCAGUAUCAAAGUUUUGCAAGAAUCUCCCAUACUUCUUGACAGUAAACUUUCACCCGCACUUUCACCUCGAACUGGAGGUUGUUCCGAUGUGUCUCCAAAUUAUCCAAAGCGCAAUCGGAGAAAAUUUGAUGAUGUGUCCGACAAUAGAGAAGCAGGUAUAUCGGUGUCCUACACUGAUGAUCAGGAGGCACCGAUUGCUCGCCCUUUAAGGAAACGACUCAAGCUUCAUACUUGACAAUCUUGAUUAUUUUUUUCCCUAUGGCUAAAUUUAGGAAAUUUUGUACAUGCAUGUUCGUUGUAUAUAGUAUUUUACUUUGAUAUUAUAAUUCUCAAUAUCCUGAGAUACCGAAAGUUCCUCGCACAAUUUUCGUCUCAGGCCGUCAAUCGGCUUUCAAGACUCGACAUAAAUAAAGUAACUUUAGUCACCUUU